AUGGAUUCUGAGUGCAGCAUUAGGAGGGGCAGCGCUAGAAUGGCGUUGCCAAUAGACCUGAAUCAGGCGCCGAUACCGUCUCCGCGGGAGGCGGGUGACGGCGCCGAUGUGGGGGCUGCUAAUGUCUCCAUCUGUACGGUUUGCCGCAAGGGAGUCCCAGUUGGGAGGAUCCCCGACAGGAUGACGGAGGAGCAGCGGCGGGAUUUCAAGUGCUUCCGCUGCUUGCUGAAGAACAACGGCGCGGGAAGUAGCGGUGCCGGAGGUGGGGCGGGCCGUUUCGACAUCAACGCCUCGCCACCGCGUGAGGCAGAGGAUGGCGGUGAUGUCGCAGUUGGGGUCGGCCGUGAUGGGAAUGGUGGUGGCAAAAUACAGGGUUCCUCUAGCCAUCGUGCCACCAGAAGACAGAUAAAUCCUGUCCUGGAGGAUCUGGGGCGAUAUCUUCCAAAGACCUUAUCUGUUGCGACAAAAUCCACUAAUCCUGGAUUUCACAAUUUAGAUAGGGGACUUGGACCCAAUCGAGCGAUUCCUUUUGAACUUCUUCCUAAUAGUCCAACCAUGGUGUACCUACAAACUCUUCGGGAGUAUAUUGCUGAAAGAUCAGGUGUUCUUGGCGAAGGUUGGCGUGUUGAAUUCGAAUUCUGCAACAAACGUUUCAAAACCUCUCCUGUCUAUAUUGCACCUGAUGGAAGGAGGUUCAGGUCAAAGGAGGAUGUUUCUUGCCAUUUACGAUUACCCGUGCGGUAUCAAGAUAGAGAGGCUGAGAACGGCGGCAGUAACUUAUUUCCCUUCACACAGGGUGGAUCCAAAUUUGAUCCUUCAAGGAAGGAAGCCCCAGCUUUUGUGGCAGCACAGAGCUGGAGAAGAAGACAGAAGGUAUCGAGGGGAGGUGACGAACAGGGUGUAUUGUCUGGCUCAUUGAUCAUUGGUAUUAAUGUAAGUGUGUGCUUAGACAAACUUUGUUUUACAAAUACUGCCCUUGUUCACCUUACCUUACAUGAUGGCUACCCAAUUCAGUUUCAGGAUUUUUGUCUCUUAUCAGCUGGGAAUAUUGAUCCACGACCAGCAUAUCACAAUAGUGAUCAAAUCUGGCCCAUUGGUUAUAGAUCUAGCUGGCAUGACAAGAUAACUGGUUCUCUGUUUGUAUGUGAUGUUGCAGAUGGGGGUGUUGAUGGCCCCAUUUUCAGGGUUCAGAGACAUCCCUGCACGAAGCAGCCCAUCCCAGUUGGCUCAACUAUCCUCUCAAAGCGAAAACAAGCUUCCAGCAAAGCGGAUGUCACAGUGGGGAAAGGAGAUUUAGCCUCGCUGGAAGUGUUGGAUGAUGAUAGCUUAUCCACAAUAACCCUGCUAAAUGAAGAUAGCCCGCCAUGCCUGGAAACUUGUCUCUCGACUACAAAAAAGGAAAAUGAGGCUCAUAAUUCUCGGGAAGGCAAUUAUUCAAACUCAGGUUUGGAAUUCCUUCCUCAGAGAAUGGGAAAUUUAACUGAUGAUGCUGUAGCUUUGAGUGAUGUCAUUGGGGAAUUUCAAGUCGAGGGCAGAUCAACAUCCUAUGUGUGGGAAAUGGUCUCUCAGGCCUUUUUGUAUGCUUUUCAGGAGAUGUAUAAGCAAAAGGGGGCAAUUAAGUUUUUCUGCAGCCAUGAUGUUCGUGGCAUGAAGGUUGUAAACCUGGAUAUUGGUGAUGCUUUGUUGAGAUAUUGCUAUAUUGACACUCUUAUCAGCAUACCUCCUGUGGUUCAGAAUGAAAACGAGUUUAACAUGGCUUGUCAAAUGCUCUUGACGUGGUUGAACCAGGACAGGUUUGGACUAGAUGCUGAUUUUGUCCAAGAGAUACUUGAACGACUUCCUGGAGCUACUGUGUGCUCGGAGUAUAAAAGUCUGAACAAUAGAAAGCACAGUACAGGCCUGCAAACAGUUGGAAGUGGGUUUUUGCAGGCCGAAAGGAAAAAUGUCUCUGGAAGUUCAAAGAAUGCUAAAUUAUAUUGCACAGGAAGCACUUUUAAGCGGGAUCCUUGUCCUACUGGCAAGCCACUUAACUCACGGCUUCCUUCGUACUUGAUGGGAGAUGCUUUGCAGGUGUGGGAGCUUGCCUGGCGUUUCCUUGAGGUGUUAGAGCUUGGACCACCUUUUUCUCUGCAAGAACUUGAAUCCGAACUUGUAAGCCCUUGGUUAGACAGCUUACGGUUAAAUACAAUAAAUAAAGCUGGACAACGUGAUGAUAAGGCCUCUGAAGAUGGAGAGGCUUGUCUGGGUGGAAAUGCUGGUUGCCUUUAUGCAAAGAUUGUUGGCUCUCUGCUUAAGCUGCUUGUUAGUGAGCUUUUGUCAAAAGCUGCUGUGUAUGUCUGUCCAAAUUUUGAUGCUGGAGAGUCCAAAUCGAGACGAGGCAGGAAGAAGGAUUUGGAUUGUUUGGCUGCUUUAAAGAGAUCAAAACUCGAUAUGCUGCCUGUCAAUGGAUUGACUUGGCAUGAAGUUGCGCGUAGAUACAUUUUGGCUGUGUUGUGUCUGGAUGGUAAUCUCGACUCUACUGAGAUUGCUAGCCGUGAAAGUGGGAAAGUUUUCCAUUGCCUACGUGGUGAUGGUGGAAUUCUUUGUGGAUCCCUUACGGGAUUAGCUGCACUUGAAGGAGAUGCAGUGGUUCUUGCUGAUGCUAUGAGGGAGAUAUUUGGUCCAAUGAAGGGUAAAAGUGAGGUUGUUACUGUUUGUGAGAGAGAGUCUGAUGUCGAAGGUGCGCAAACCGUUGAGGUGAACGAUGGUGUCAUUCCUGAGUGGGCUCAGGUGCUUGAACCUGUGAGAAAGUUACCCACAAAUGUUGGAGCCCGGAUCAGGAGGUGUAUCAAUGAAGCUUUGGAGAAGAAUCCUCCUGAAUGGGCUAAGAAGAUAUUGGAACACUCUAUCAGCAAGUCAGUUUACAAGGGUAAUGCAUCGGGACCAACUAAGAGAGCAGUUAUAUCGGUGCUUGAAAAUCUGGGAAAAGAAAAUCCGGAGCAAAAGGUUGAGCAGAAAGAGAAGGUUAGGAUUAAGACCAAUGUGGCUGAUUUGAUCACUAAACAAUGUCGUAUUGUGCUCCGUCGAGCUGCUGCUCUGGAUAAAGAUAAAGUUUUCUGCAAUCUGCUGGCGAGGAUAAUCUUGAAUCCUAAUGAUAAUGAUGAUGAAGGGAUUCUUGGCUAUCCAGCUAUGGUAUCUCGUCCUUUGGACUUCAGGACAAUUGAUCUCAGGUUGGCUGCUGGGGUUUAUGGUGGAUCACAUGAAGCUUUCGUUGACGAUGUUAGGGAGGUUUGGCGCAAUAUACACAAUGCUUAUGGCGACAGGUCUGACUUAGUUGACGUAGCAGAAAGCCUGUCUAAAAAGUUUGAAGAUCUAUAUGAGAAAGAGGUUCUGACUUUCGUCCACAAAAUUGCCAAUAGUUCAACCGCGAACGACUCAAGUGCUGAUGCUAUAAAAGAAAGGGAUGAUUUGCUUGUUCAGUUAUGUAAUACCUCCAUCCCUAGAGCUCCUUGGGAGGAGGGAAUCUGUAAGGUGUGUGGCAUGGACAAAGAUGAUGACAAUGUCCUCUUGUGUGAUAAGUGUGAUUCCGAGUAUCACAGGUACUGCUUGAAUCCUCCGCUUGUCAGAAUUCCAGAAGGAAACUGGUACUGCCCGUCCUGUGUUGCUGGCCAGUCUAUUACUUGCACCGCUGUGUACGCGAAUCAAAGUAGGAAAAAGAAGUAUCAGGGGGAGUUCACACGUAAGUUUCUGGAAGAACUGGCUCGGCUAGCAAAACUGAUGGAAGUAAAAGAAUAUUGGGAAUUCACAGUUGAGGAGAGAACAUUCUUCUUAAAGUUCUUAUUCGAUGACACAUUAAAUUCGGCUACCGUUUGUGACCACAUGGAGCAGUCAGCCUCCCGAACUGUUGAUUUGCAACAGAAGCUACGCUGCCUCACUUCCGAAUUGAAACUCCUGAAAUUCAAGGAAGAAGUUCUUCCUCCAGCCUUAGUAGGCAAAACAAAUUUCGGUACAUCACCGUCUCUGCUUUCCUCUGAAGAUAGCUCAAGAGGAAAACAACCUGAAAAGGACAGCAAACUUUUGCAUGGUUCGACUCAACCGGACCAUGGCCCAUCCUCAAGCGAACCUAUCGAUUGUAACAAACAGCUCGACUUUCCUCCUCCAAGGAGCGAUAGAAGCAUAAGCUCAGAUGAAACGUCGGGCCAAAGUGAAAAUGUCUUGCUCCAUGCACAGUUAUCCAUUCAGAUGCCGCCACCUGGCCAUCAUUGUCAUGACAAAGCCGAUGUUCCCUUGUCGAAAGACGACAGCCUCAAGGUGGAUGUCAUUAAGAAGGAUAUAUCUAGUCUUCAGGACUCGAUAGCUUCUGUAGAAUCCGAACUUCUCAAGGUGGGCAUCCGGAAGGAUUUACUGGGCCGGGAUUCCAGCGGCAGAGUUUAUUGGGCAUUUUAUUCUCCUGGCGCUCGUCCAUGGAUAGUAGCCUGUGGGGAUUUUUCGACUAAGGAGAGAUCUAUUGAAGAAUUUACUAGCAUUCCCGAUUCUGACAAGUGGAUGUAUUACGACUCGGAUGAUGAAAUCGAGAAACUAGUUGGAUGGCUAAGAGACGAUAAUAUCAGGGAGAAAGAAUUACGAGAGUCUAUCUUACAGAUGCAAAGCAACAAAUUGGGAGACCCCGAGUAUACUGCGAACCACAUUUUAAGCAGAGUAUCACUGAGCCACAAUGGGGAUAAAUCUUUUUCAUCUGAUUUUUUUAUGUCCAAGGCCAUUACUACAUUAGAAGAGAGAUUUAGUCCGGUUGGCAGCAUACAUAGAUGUGAGUGCCUGGAACUUUUGUGGCCGUCUAAAGCCCAUUGCUCGUCUUGUCACAACACUUUUCUUACCUCCGAUGAACUUGCAGAACAUGUCAAGGAACACUGUACAGCAGUCUCUCAGAAAAGCCCGAUAACUGAAGAUGCCUUGAAGCGCAAGAAGAUGAAAGCUUUCGCUUCACAGGAAAAAGGCGUUCUGCAGGUAUCGACGAGUGAGAAACAAAAUACUGGGCCCAGUUUCUCUGAACCAUACUUUGGCGACUGCCCGUUUAAUCUCGAGGAGAUUUUGACCAGGUUUGUUGUUCCGGGCACUGUCAAGGAUGCAGUUAACGAAAUAGGACUUAUCGGCAGUGGUGGUGUUCCAUCAUUUUUGCCGAGUGGGUCCCCUUAUUUUAGUGAUCCUGCAUUGACAUUGGGUCCUACAAGGCUGAAUGAGGCUGGUUCAAGCGAUGUGCCUCCGGAUUCGAGAAGCAAACAGCAGAUGAGCUUGAGUAAUGAGCCCAAUGUUGUGGUUGCCACAAAGGACAACAGAUUGUCAAGAGGUGCUGAGAAUAAUAGCUUGGCUGAGGAGGGAACAAAUGUCGAGAGACCCAAGUGUGGUACAUUGAAGGACAGGAGCACACUUAUCCAGAUAUCAAAAAGCAGUAUAAUUUGUGAAUCUUCGUUAAGACCGUUAGUGGGUAGAGCGUGUGAAAUUUUGAGGUCUCUCAAGGUUAAUCUACUCGAUAUGGAUGCGGCUCUACCACAGGAUGCUUUAAGAAUGUCAAGGACUAAUGAAGAUAGAAGACGUGCUUGGCGGGCCUUUGUUAAAUCUGCAAAAUCGAUCUAUGAGAUGGUUCAAGCUACUGUGAUACUGGAGGAUGCCAUUAAAAGCGAGCACUUGAGAAAUGAGUGGUGGUAUUGGUCAUCCCCCUCGACUGCAGCCAAAAUCACUACACUCUCUGCCCUUGCUUUGCGUAUAUACUCUCUUGAUGCAGCUAUCUCUUAUGAUAAACCUCUUCCGGCGGAAAUUAUGGAGUGUUUAGAUGGGGAUGUAUCUCAAGUUAAGAAUCCCGAAAACCCAAGCAGCUCGUCAACACAGAAGACACCCGAGCCAGAAUCUGCGGAGAAUCCAAGAAGCAGGAGUAGAAGUAGCAAGCGGAGAAAGAUUUGA